AUGGCAGACUGUUCGUACGCUCGCUGUGUCCAGGAGCGGCGCUACAUAAGACGCGAGCUGGCCAAGUGGACGAAAAACAUGGUGCACAUAGUCGGACUAGAACGUGUCGCUGAAGAAUUGAUGGGACGCAGGAAAUGGAAACACUAUCAGGACGUCCUAACGCGACAACAGUUGAAUCUGCUGGACCCCAGUACUACAAACUCCACCGAGGACGAUCUGCUGAGCGGCACGACCGGUGUGGCCGCUGCCGCCGCUGCAGCAGCUGCAGCCGCGGCCGCCCAACUGCAGCAAGGGCAGCUGAUGAAUACCGCCGGCGCGACAACCGCUGCCGCAGCCCUCACGCUUGCUGGCGGCGGCAUGAUCGAUCAGAAGACCAGUCCCGCCGCCAUUGUGGCCGCAGCCAACGCUGCUGCCGUGGCUUCCCUCACUACACCUGCCGCUGCCCAAGCUGCCAACACGACUGCCGCGACAGCAAUAGUAAGAAACGGGCACUGUCCGCAAGGCGACGUCGAUGUCGAUCCAAAAAUUGCCGCCUCCGCCAGCCCCGACAGUCCCCGUGCCACCAACUGUCUGGCAUCGGAAAAGCUCAGCCCCGCUAGUGCCAGAUCGCCGCGACACGGCAAGGACGAUCGGUCGGUCUCGCCGGUGUCGCGCGACUGUCACGCUAACGAUAACGGCACCGCGACACCAUCGACCGGUACGACAAUGGACGGUGCGUCGCCCAUGCCCUCGCCGUCGCCCUCGGGCACGAUCGAUGGAGAUCCGGCGCGGCCCAAGUCAGCCUCCGGUCCCCAGCAAGUAACUGCCGAGCCAAGACCAUCCAGCACGCCCGAUCGUCGCGCGUCUUCCGUGACAAGUCCCGAUCUCCAACGAGACCAAACUGCCACCGUACACGACAGUGUGUCCAUCGUGAAACAGGAACCCGUAGAAAACUCUACCGAAAGUGCAGAUGCGUCGCUCAUCAAAUCGGAACAACCAAACCCAGAGUCGACGGAUGCGGCGGCGGCGGCGGCAAAGCUGAGCCUCGCGUCCAAGUUGCCCAUUGUCGGGACGAACAACAACAACACUAUCAACAGUAACAACAACACAAUCCAGCAUCGCAGCAACGGCAUGGCGACAGAGGACGGUUCCGCCGGCACCACGGAAAUGCCCACGGAAUCGGAGGCUGCCGCACCGAUCGACUGGAAACCGCAGGACAAGUGCUACUUCUGUGUCGACGGCAAGCUCCUGACCGUGAACGAGGCGGGCGAGCUGGUGCCCGAGUCUGGACCGGCCCCGAUUGAAGGAGACCGUUUUCUUAACCGACGGGCUGCCGCUGCUGCUGCUGCUGCUGCUGCCGCGAUGGCCGAAUCCGAUAGCGAUACGAGCGAGAGCAGUGAGCCGGAACUGCUGGCCAAUCUGCUGAGCGUCGGUGCGGCCGGUGGCGUGUCCGCCAAGUCGCUGGCCGCGUUGCUGCGCGAGGCCGGAGUCUCACAAAAUCUGCCCUCGUUGCAGUCGUUCGUGGCACAGUACACGGCGGCGGCAUCGCUGCAGGGCCUACAGCCGAAUCUUGCCCAGCUCUACAACCCGCUCUGGUAUUCGCAACUACAGCAGCAAAUGUCACCGACUACCGUCGAGUCUGGUGCUGGGGCGGCUCCAUCCGCUGCCAUCAGCCCCACAGCCGCGGCCAAGCUGGCGGCGGAGCUUGGACCGGCGGUUGGCGGAACCGGGGAGCAACCGCUUGAUCUCAGCGCGAAACCGGGCACUUCCGGCAUGACAUCACUGCUGAGCAGUAUGAUGGAUUCGAAGCACAUCUACAAGGCAAAGCCACGGUUAUCACCUGUCGGAGGACGUAAAACCUACACCGAGGAUGGGCUGCAGAAUGCGCUGCAGGACAUACUGAGCGGGCGGCUCGGCACACGCAAGGCAGCCAUGCAGUACGGCAUACCGCGAUCGACGUUGCGCAACAAGGUCUACAAGAUGGCGCUCGGAAGCAAGCGCGGUAUGGCGUCGCUGCUGGACGAUGACGACGAUAAGGACUCGCAGGACGGCGACAUCAAGGAGGGUGACCUGCUGGACAAACUGCCCCAGCACCUGCUGGCGGACAUGUUGCUGAAGAUGUACGGCUCCGCCGGCACACCCCGAACGCACGAGACAAACCUCACCCGAACGCCGCCCGCCAUUGCUACCCCGCCCGCCCAUCGUGCCACACCCGAGCCGGCCUCCCUCGACAUAGCCGGCAUGAGUCUGAAGCCACAUCCCAGCACCCUCCCGGUAACGCGCCAGUCCGCCACGACGACUGGCACACCUCCCGCGACGACACAGCCCCCGCAGUCGUCGCCCCUGGUGGCCGCGGCCGCUUCCAGUCUGCUCACGCCGAAUCUGGUGAUGCAGGUCGAACGCGUUCUGCAGGUCACGGCGACGGCCCAGGCAUCGGGUGAAACGCAGCAAGCGCUGGCCGAACUGCCCGAGCUGCUCCGGAAGAUCAUCGAUCAGCAGCAGCUGCUGGCGGAUCAGAUCAAGAAGGCGAGCGGCAGUGUACCGGCGGCGGCGUCCGCGUCGGGAAGGCCGGGCUCCAGCCCCACCAUGUCCGGACAUCCGGCCGUCACCGGAACCGCCGCCCUGGGCAACUCCUCCGCGCUUGAUGCGGCACUGGCAAGAUCACCCUCGCUCAGUGCGGCACUCAACGCGAACGGAACCGUUCCACCGGCGGUGUCCCUCGACUCCUGCUAUCUUCCGUAUUUACAGCAGCUGCAGCAGCAGCAGCAGCAGCAGCACGGGAAACUGCGCACGCUGUCCGCCGGGACACCGGACACGCCCGCGUCGAUGUCCUCGAUCGAGCUGAAUGACGCCGCCGGUGACGAUCCGCACGUCAUACUAAAGAUUCCGUCCUACGGACGAGCGCCCGGCGCUUCCCCGGGAGUGGGCGUUCCCGCCGGCAGCAAAAAUGGCGACCUGGAACGGCACCUGCACCAGCACAAUCUGACCACUCCGUCGCCCCCGACAGCGGCGGCCGCCGCCGUGCUCAGCAGCCUCGUGGCGGCCCCCGUCCGCGCUCCGCAUGCAUCGGCCAGCCCUCAGGCGAACCUGCUGAACAGCGUCGGCAACGGAGGGCCCAGUAUUGGAGGUGUUGCGUCCGCACCUACCUCCUCGCAGGUGUCUCUGGCGUCUUCCCUCUCGUCCUCGUCGCCACUCUCCUCGCUGUCGGUGGCAUCGUCGGUGGCAGCGCAGCAGGAGCGAGGGAGUGCCCAGGCCAACCACCUCUCGGUCAUUUCGCCACCCCUGAUGAACCUGCGGGGUGUCGUCAAAGCGGAGUCGGCCAUCUCACCGCCAGCCGCCGGACACGGUUCGGUGGCAGCGGGAAUGUCAGCAUCGGCCGGCAAAUCGAUGCUUUCCGUACAUGAGGUGAUAGCGAGAAGCAUCAGCAAAAACUUUCAACAGCACCAGCAGCAGUCCGAUAUCAUGCACAAGCAGCAGAUGGAACAGAUGAAGCGGCCGAGCAUUUCCGUCAUCAAAACGCUCGGCGACAUCUCACACUUCGGCAGUGCUGCGGCAGCGGCCGCCGGCCUUGGGCCGGUGGGCAGCGCGGCACAGUUGGCGGCGGCUGCGGCGGCUGCUGCGGCCAACAAUACCGGCACCGGCGGCAAAGGCACCCGUCCCAAGCGGGGCAAGUACCGGAACUACGAUCGAGACAGCCUGGUGGAGGCGGUGAAGGCGGUGCAGCGGGGUGAAAUGUCGGUACAUCGGGCGGGAAGCUACUACGGCGUGCCCCACUCAACCUUGGAGUAUAAGGUGAAGGAGCGGCAUCUGAUGCGGCCACGAAAGCGCGAACCCAAACCCCAACCCGGUCUGGACGAUCAUCGACUCGGCGGUUCGUCGUCUUCGAAAGGCGCGUCGGACGGUUCGUCCUCGCUCCGCGGUCUCGAUAAGGGUAAGGGUGGAAUGGGGGGGCUUGGCGGUGGAUCGAAGGGUGCGGCCGGCAUGAGUGGCCACGCCGGGAAGAACCAUCACCAUCUGCAGCAGCAGCAGGCACAGCAGGCGCAGUUCUCCACCAGCUCCCCCAACGGAGCGCUCGGUGCGAAAAUGCCCAUGUUCGAUGCGUCGGCCAUGGCUUACGGUGCACCCUUCUUCUGGCCCCACGCGUCCGGCUUCGGUGGCAUGGCGGGCGUUGACUUUGCCCGUGGCCAACCCACCCCCGAUGGCGUAUUCAACUCCCCGUCGCUGAUGCAGCGGUUUCAGCAGGAAGCCACGGCCAGCCCACUGUCGCCAGCCGACACGCGACACUACGCGGGUGGCAAGUCGGGCCCGGCCGGUGCCAAUGCUGCGGCCGCGAGCCUCGCCGCCCUGCCCAAGGGUAGCAGUGUGCGCGAAAUGGCCGAGCAGCUGUACGACGGCAGCGGUGCCAAUGGGGGCUCCUUCCUGGACGACAUCAUCCGCCAGAGUCUCGACAAGAAGUCGGGCGAACUGAACACCCACAACGCGCUGUUCGAUCAUCUGCUGAAGGGCAAACUGCGCUCGUCGGCAGCGGCAGCAGCGGCCGCCGUCGGCGCGUCGGACGACGCCAGCACGGUCGCACUGCUUGCCAAAGCGGCAACGAAACGGGCGGCCACCAGUCCCCCGAUAUCCUUCCACCCGGAGAGCGUCAAGCGCGAGCGGGCCAGUCCGGGUGCCUCGUCCACGUCCUCCACCGGCAGCAGCAAUCACCGCAUGGGCAACGAUCAUCACGGGCACGGGCUUCAGCAGCAGCAGCAGCAGCAACAACACAACCCAUCACAAUCGGCCACCGAGCAGCUGCUGGCGAAAAACGUCGAAAGCCUCAUGAAACUGCACGAGAAUCUUUCGUCGAUGUCCGUGGCGCACCUACAGCGGACCGCGAUGGAAGAACUCAACGGAACUCAGCAAGGCGGCACCGGCGGUGCAUCCCGGGGAUCGCUGCUCGGCCACCAGUCCGACGCGGUAGACCAGCACGGUGGCUCGGACGGUGACACGGACACGGACUCGAUGCGAUCGCACACCACCACCACCACCAACCAUCACGGCGGGCACAGCCUGCGCCACAGUCUGCUGCAGCAGCACCAUCACCACCACCAGCGGGGCCUGACGGAUGACAGCUCAUAGGGCCGGCUGCGCGGUGCAUCGGCAAUGCAACUGCGACGACCCAUCUGCUGAGCGUGUGAAAUGUAAGUGACGAUGAUGCUGUGCUGUGCAAGUGAGCGACCGCGCGACUGGCAAACCGUACACAAAAUGGGCAGUUCGUUGAGAAACGGAGAAUCCAUAGUUCAAAUAUUAUUCUUAUAUUAAUUGUAUAUCAUCGUAGUCAAAGCAGAGAAGCAGAAAGAGUGGUCCCCCCCCCGGCUAAUUCCGAGAGCGGGAAUUCGGGAAGGGCCUGGGGGGAGGGCGGUAACCGAAGGCAAAACCGGGACGAUGCAGUAGCAGUUGAAUGGGGUUAAGGGAGUUUGAAAACAAAAAAAAAAACAAGAAUAACUGACGAAACGAGUAGAUACCGCUAACAGAGAGCACGAAGUGUUAACAAUUUAAUCCAUUUAAGCGAAAGGGCUGAAGAUCGCGGAAGCAGAUUUAACUUUAUCGUAGAUCGCUAAACAAGCAGCAGGGGAGAAGUGAAGCGGAAAUGCGGAACAGGUGGCGAGACAGAGACAGAGAGAGAGAGAGAGAGAAACCUAGCGAUAAUAAUGUUACAAAGAGCUAUACAGACAGUUGGAGAGUAUUGGACGGCACCACAAAGCAAAGCGUCUGAGAUGGCAAAGAAUACUUUACUAUUUUCCUUACACUUUACACCGUCUAUCAUCAUCAACCGAUCACCAUCAUCGACAUUCUAAAACAGCAUCAUCCACGGAACAUAUACCACGAAUGAUCAUACUUUUUUCGAUCAUCCGCUAGAGCUUUAGUGUGUAGCUUGGUGGCUCUCGUUCGAGGUUCGAGCAUAGAUCCACACAUCAACCAAAAAAGAAAAAACAAACAAACACCCGCGUACAUCUCGCGUGCGGGAGACUGGGUGAAUAUAUAGGCAUUGGAGGUGUAAAACCAGAACCAGAAUGGCUACGAAAAUCGCGCAUCUAGCUAAAUAGAACGGGAAUCACGCAGACAGCAGGCGGUAGAAAGGGAAACACCCCAAAAAACCCAAAUGCAAAACAUUUGAAGCACACGAAACGUUGUUUGACAAUCGACAAAUAGGCUCCUUUGGUGUAACAACUUUACACUACGACACAAAUGUACACACCACCACCACCACCACCACCACCACUACUAACAACCUACAACGAGAGCGUUACUAUGGUAGCAUGCCAGUGUGCGUGCUGUCAGCCAGUCCAUCACCCAUCACCGUGACCCCGGCCAAGAAGCGGCGGGCUGAGUAUAGGAAUUAGCGAAAUCAGUAAUGCAAGUGCAAGAAACCGGAAUGGGGGGUUAAAUCGCGCGCAAAAAUCAAACCCCCUCGAUUCCCCGAUACGAUCUAGCACCCAUUGAAAACAGAACACCACCACCAUCGCAUCCACCGUUGACCAGCAAUAGACUAAAAAAGGGGUAAAGAAACCGAUCACUCCAAUGCGUUGCGUUGACACACUCGACACCACCAGCAGAAACAAUAGAAAAUAAUGUCCCCCGUUUUUAGCCAGACAGUGCCAGUGCGAAUGACAACAGGGCCGUAAAGGAUUAACAUCGGAUUAACAGUCGUGGACACGUGGGACACAAAUGUAAUUACAAAGUUUUGGAAAUCUUUUUUAGGCACUUUAGCAAAACAAAAACAACCUGUCCCUUCUGUUCAGGCAAAAACUGAAGAACACGACACACACACACAAACACACACACAUAUAAGCACACAUUCAUGUAUAGAAAGGCAACCAUUCGUGUGAGCCACCCGCGUUGGGACGUUGCGUCUCGCAGCAGACGGCGAACAAUAUCAGCGAGACAACUGACAGCAAGAGGCUGGGCCAGCAUAUUUUCCAGGAAUGGAAACGAAAAACAACCUAACACUUAUGCAAAAUUGAUAUCUCUAGACGUGUACUCGUGUAUGUUUUUGGCAGUUGCGUUCUAACAUUGUACUUCACUGUGAGCGAACGCGCGGGCAGCGCAGCGGGCAAAAAGUAAAAUCUAAGAAAAUCUAAAAAAUACCUAAGUGUUGUGGCUAUAUCAAAAUUUGCGAACGUAUUACCGGUUCCGGGUGGAACCGUGUCGUUCUAAAAAGGGCAAAACGUUUAGAACUAAAACCUUAAAAUUAUAAAAGUAUUAUCGUAUUGUCAGGCGAAACGUGAUCCUGAAAUCUAUUUGGUGUUCAAAAUUGUAUCAUUCUGUAAGCAAAGCAGAAAACACUUCCCAAGCGGAUUGCUUCACGGUAACGAACCAACGUCAAAAUUCAAAAACAGGAACAAAAGCAUCAAACAAGAGCAACAGAUGGAACCAAAGCCAACCGUGCUAGUGCCGUCUUGCAACAAAACACACGAGUAAAAUGGAGGUUUGCUGCCCGGAAGCCGCGUAGAAGCUAAAGAAAAGCUCUCAAUAGUAUAUAAAAAUAACAAAUCCCUCUAUGUUUCGACGUUUUUACAUUCAAAUUUAAGCAACAUACUAUCAGUAGGCAGUGAUGGCAGAACAAAAAAAAGGGUGGUAUGCCGGUUUAAAUGAUGUUGUGUGCAGUCGAAAUCGUAUCAAAAUUUAUCUAUACAAACAAAAUCAUACAACAAAUUUAAACACUAAACUAUAACUGGAUGUGUAUUUUCGUUUUUCUAAAAAAACAAGUCUAGACAUUUGUGGAAAGAUUAAACUAACACACACAAGGUUCGAUAGCGAGCCUGGUGAGUGCGCUAGUGUUGUAUUAGGCUGCAGUAAGUAGCGACACAUUCUAAGGCAAACAUGAGGACUGAAACAUGAAAAUUCCGAGCUGAUAAGCGUAAGGGGUUAAGAAGAGUACGGAACCAACCAACAUCCACUUUGCGGUCAAAACACCAUCACGCGGCGUUACCAAGCGUUAUUUAAAAGCGUGACAUACUUCGAUGCGUAAUUCCUAUGCCAACGCACCGUAAGGCUUGCCACCGGGAGCGAUGUAUGCGUGUAAGCCGUGUAUCGUCCCGUCCAGACAGGAACAGGCACCCCACACAAAAGAUUAAAAAAAUCCCCCCUGUAACCUAGCCCACCCUGUAACGAGAUCAUUCAUACCUUUCCUCCCCCCCCAUCCCCCUCCACAUUCAUCACCCCAUUCUGCUGCCCGUAACGGCAUCCACCGCAGAUAGGUCAAGAAAAUCCAAUCUAGUAGUGAAAAAAACCAAGGAAACAGAGAAGAAAAAAAACAUUAAGGGUGAAAAUAAGUAAGAAAUAUAUUAUAUGUGUGUGUCUUCACGUCGCGUAUACCUCAAACGAUAACACAAAAAAAAACAAAACAAAACAAAAAAAUAUUUAACUGAUCAACUGAGAGAAUGGCAUACACUGUUCGGGCACGGAAUGUAAACGAAAUUUGCAAAGCGAAUCACUGGAGAGAGAGAAAGAGAUAGAAAGAGGGAGAGAGAAACAAAAAACGUAGCUAUUACCACCAAAAUGCCAACCGAGUGGAUGUAUCGACACACAUAAGGGGGGAUGCUUUAGUAGCAAGCAUGCAGAAAGGGAUGUAUGUAGUACGAUUCAUUGAUACUUGAAAUUACUUUCCCACGGCCACACACUCGUGAGCUUUCCGUUUUGACGGUUGAGUUCGAUUCUUUACCCCUCUACCCGCGUUUCAAUCGCUCAGUUAUGCAACACACUUUACCAAAACCACCCGAAUCUAAGUAGCUAGGCGUGUGUAAAUGAUAUCAAAUUACGUGAAAUAGAACCAGUCUUUGGUUGUUCCGCACACGUUCAUCCUUUCUGGAAUGCUUACGAUGCUGGGGAUGCGAGCAGGAACUCCGCUAAAGCAUAUCGUCCCCAUUUCGGCACGAAUAUCGAAUGUUCUAAACAAAAAAAAAACACUAGCGAGAGACUAGCGGUAAAUGUUUCGGAUGAUGGAACGGAAUGGCACACAGGCAAA